AUGGAUAAAAACAAGCUGAAUGAAUUCAUGUCUGAAGGAAUUAGAGCAGUUAUUCUAGUAAAAGGUGAAGCAGCAAACAGCGGAAAAAAAUGGUUUCGUCGACGCAGACAAGUAACACUGGCUUUCCAUUUGGAAGUGCUGAGAGGAUACAUUUCCGUUUUCAACGAACAGUCAUUCCUCAUAACAGAGAAGAUACGAAGUUUGUCCCAUCGUCCUUGGAUUGAAAUUGAUGGUUUGAUUUCACAGUGCGGACAUGAAACGACAGUUAAUGCGAUCAAAUGGAUAAUAUAUUUACUAGGACUUCAUCCGGAUAUUCAAGAAAAAGUAUUUGAAGAGCAAAAUUCUUUAUUUCUAGAUGAUCCAAUUCGACCAUUAAUUUAUGAAGACACAUGUAAAAUGAAAUAUACAGAAUGUGUUAUUAAAGAAGCAAUGCGCCUCUUCCCGCCUACACCAGGAAUAGGAAGAAUAGCUCGGAAAGACAUUGCCAUAGGCAAUCAGAUAGUUCCAAAGGGCUCAUAUAUUGGUUUCAAUAUUUAUUCAUUGCAUAGAAAUCCAAAAGUAUUUCCAGAGCCAGAAAAAUUUGUUCCAGAGAGAUUCUUGCCAGAGAACAGCUCCGAUAGGCAUCCAUACGCUUACAUUCCAUUUUCGGCCGGCCCACGGAAUUGCGUAGGCCAAAAGUUUGCCAUGCUGUCCAUGAAAGUACAACUAAGUCAUUUAUUGAGAACUUUUAAAGUGUCUUCUCUGGAUCACAGAGACCAGAUCAAUGUUAUGUGGAAAAUGACCCUUGAAAAUGUGAAACCAAUUCGUAUUAAAUUUACUCAUAGGUGA